GUGGGAACCACAAAAAACCGUGGAAUGUGCUCACUGUGAAUGCGUUUUCGAAAAAAACGAGCAAUUAGAUGACCACAUUCACGAAAUCCACGAUGUACAGUUCACUGGCAAACGACAAUUAGUGUGCUGUGAGCAGAACGAGUACAAACGAAUGAAAAAGAAGUACGAAUCACGAAUGCCAUUAUUGUGAAUGUGAGUUCCAGAAGAAGUAUCAAUUGGUGAAUCAUAUGAAGAAUGUUCACCAAUGUCCAAAAUGUCGUCAAAUUGUGCUAACCGAGGAGGUUCGAGCCGAACACGAAAUCAAACACGAGGAAGAGCAGCGCAAAAAAGAAGAAUUGAAGAAAAAGCAGGAGGAAAGAGACGAAGAUCUUGUGUUGAAUUAUGUGAAAACAAACAAGCUUGAUGAAUAUCAACCCGAACCAGAUUAUAAGCCAAACAUCGAUUACAUCAUUGCAUGCGGUCUCAAUAUAGAAGAAAUAUCGAGAUUUGUGAAAAAAUUUGAUGUCAAAAACAUCUUAGCUAGCAUCGUUGCCUAUUUUGAUUUUGACGCUUUUACGUGCGAAGAAAUCACCUACUUAUUGGAAAACGGUGCAGUGAGAGUUGAGGAUGUUGCUUGGUUUCUAGACUUUUUUUCACUUUCAUCAAGCAAUCAUAAAAUUCUGUCGGAGUUGGUGGCGUAUUUUUUGGACAAAGGCUACAAAAUCGAACGAGAAUGGGUUGCCAAGGCAAUUGAUGACGAUGCACUAAUGGAACGCAUAAAACAGAAAUACACAUACACUUUUGAUGAAAUAUAUGGGGCACUUGAAGUGAAUCCACUUGACAAUCAACUUGAUCGCGAUGAAUUCUACGUGCAAGUUCAUAAACACUUUCCCAAUCCUGACUUCAAAGAUCCGUUUGCCAAUCCGUUCAUCGAUUUCGAAACUAUUCUGACCGAACAUGUCCAUGACCAUCUACAUAACCGAUAUUUUUAUGACGAAGCGCGUGAUAAACUAUCCAUUGUUGUCGGUUAUGAACCCAAUCGGCGUGAAAUUUCAUUGGGCAGCUGUAAAGAAAUGUUGAACAUGAAUUUACAAGAUUUGAUACAACAAUACAACAAGGCAACAGAAGGAUACGACUAUACUAAUGAUCAACUCAGCAAGCUGUUUGAUAAACGUGAACAAAAACUUGACUAUGCAAAAACAAAGAAGGAAAGAGAAGAUAUUCUAGAGGAAUACUUCUAUAAAAUUGAUAAAGAUGCUCUAUUGGAACGGAAUUAUAUGGCGAAUGAGGUGUCGAAGCUGUAUUUUGUCAUUGCACAAAAGUGAAUCACAACAUUUCAAUUAUUGAAGCCAAAAAAGCAGCCAAGAAGCAUAAUACCGUAAGAGGAGAGUCUUUUGGAUGGUGCGCAAAUCGAUGCCGUAUUAGUUUAAGUACAGUCUACUAAAGAAUAAUAAACCAAAUGUCCAGCUUGAAUCUGAAUAAGCUCCUACAAAGAAAAUGAACCAAACCCAUUUGGAUUCUUCUCUAACGAAAUGAUAGCACAAAAACGUUUCUAUUUACUUUUCUUUUUUGUCAUAAAAGUACCAUUAAGAUCGUUAAGAAUUUUCAUUCGCUAUUCAUUAUUCUUUAUUUUUAUUUUCUAAGAUCACAAGCCUAUAUACAAAACAAAACAAUAUCAAAACCGAUAAAGUAUUACUCGUGAAGUAAAAAAUAAAAUAUGAUGAAAUAAAAUAAAUUAUGGAGGAAAGGAUGUCUCUGCAAGCAGUUGCUCCUAUUCCUUUGUGUAGACCAAAAA